CUGGAUGAGCUCUCCAAGUUCUUCAACCUGCCGGAGAAGGCAGUCGCCAAGGAGCUCGGGAUCUGCCUGACGUCCUUGAAGAAGCUGUGCCGCUCCUACGGCAUCACGCGAUGGCCGUUCAGAAAGCUGAAGAGCUUGCAACGGACAAUGAAGAAGGUGGAGACGGAGUCGCAGAUCAUCAACGCCUGCAGCAGCAACAACACGGCGACUCCGGUGGAUCCCAACAAGACGAGUGAGCGCGGGAGGCUGAGCUGCGAGUUGUGCCUCUCACCUUCUUGA